AUGGAGCGGGACGCUAUCAAAAUGUUUCUGAAUCCAAGUGAUUCGGUAACCCAAACACAAGCAAGGCAAGCAAUAACGUCCGAUGACCCUGCAUAUGCGUACUGUUUUUCCCCAGAUGUGAACAAGAAGUACCAUUUGCAGUGCAAUUUUUGUGACAAGCUAUUGAAAGGUGGAAUUACUAGAGUGAAGUACCAUCUUGCUUGCAUUACUGGCUUCAAUGCUGUUAAAUGUAAGAAGGUUCCAACUGAUGUGAAGGAAGAGAUUAUUGCUUUUCUUACGAAGAAGAGUGGUGACAAGCAAAAGAAGAAGGAUGAAGUGCAAAGGGUUCGAUCUGCAAUUAAUAUAGAGAACUCAGAUGAUGAAAGGGGUAGUGGGGAUGAUUCUGACUUUGAGAGGAAUGAUGUUGUGUUGCUGAAGUCAAUAAGAGGCAGUGCGACGAGUAAUUCUGGAGCUGUGGUAGGUAGUGGCAGUGCCACUAUUGAUAAGUUUUACAAGAAAACAUCUAUAGAAGAGUCUGUUCGCAAUAAUCAAAGGGGAUUCAACGUUAGCCAGAAGGUCCAAUCGAAGUUGUCAACUAUGAAAAGAGAAGUGAAAAGGGACAGAGUUUGUGAGUAUAUUUGUCAGUUUUUCUAUGAAGCUAGCAUUCCUCACAACACUGUCACCCUCCCUAGCUUUGCUCAUAUGCUUGAGUCCAUCGGACAGUUUGGCAAGGACAUGAGAGGGCCUAGUCCAUAUGAGAUGAGUGGACCAUUUUUGCAGAAGAGGAAACAGAUGGUGCUGGAUGGAUUCAAGAAUCAUAAGGAAUCAUGGGACCUCACAUGUUGCACGGUUAGGACUGAUGCAUGGACAAAUAAGAAGGGCGGGGUAGUUAUGAAUUUAGUUAUGUCAGCUAGUAUGCUAACAACAAAGAGACCAUCCAUAUUUUGGAAUGGAUGUGAUGCUCACUGCCUAGAUCUCAUCCUGGAGGAUCUUGGGAAGCUUGGACCAGUUGCAAAAACUAUUUCAAGUGCAAGAGAAGUGACUAGCUUCUUGUAUGCUCAUACAAGGGUAUUGGAUUUGAUGAGGAAAUUUCUUGGGAAGGACUUGGUUCGCUCUGGUGUUACUCGGUUUGCCACUGCUUACUUAAAUCUGAAAAGUUUGCUAGAUAACAAGAAGGAGUUGAGAAGGCUCUUCAGAUCAGAUGAGAUGAAUGAACUAGGUUCAUACUUGAAAAAGGCAAAGGGGAAAAAAGCACUCAAAGUGGUGCGAUCUGAAGUUUUUUGGAAACAUGUUGACAUGGCUGUUAAUUUCUUCGAGCCAAUGGCUAAUGUGCUUCGCAGAAUGGACAGUGAUGUUCUUGCAAUGGGAUUCUUCCAUGGAUUAAUGCUUGAGGCAAAGAAACAUAUUGCUGAGAGGUUUGAUAAUGAUGAGAGCAAGUACAAAGUUGCUUGGGACAUCAUUGAUAAAAGGUGGGACAGCAAGCUCAAGACUCCUCUCCACUUGGCUGGCUACUAUUUGAAUCCUCACUAUUAUUACCCAAACAAGUUAGAGAUUGAGCAUGAUGGAUCAUUUAGACCUGCUGUUAUUACCUGCAUUUGCAAGAUGAUUGAGGACGAAGAAACCCAAGACAUUGUAAUUGAAGAACUCAACAUGUAUCAAGAUCAACAAGGAUCUUUCAGCCAUGAGAUUGCUAUAAGGCAAAGGAGAAACAAGAAUUUUAAUCCAGCAAAAUGGUGGCUAAACCAUGGCACCAGCACACCAAAGUUGAGAACUUUGGCAUCUAGGAUUCUUAAUUUGACAUGUAGGUCAUCAGCUUGUGAGAGGAACUGGUUCAUACAAAGAAGUGCAAUAGGCUGCUGCAUGACAGGAUGA